AACCAACUAACCAGGCCACCGGGGUCGCGGUACCUGCCCUCAUGCACCUGGUCCACAAUGUUUGGCGCUGCUUCCGACUCCGCGUACGUAGCCCCACAAGCCAGGGAGACAGGAGCAGCACCCCUGCACGGACCCGGUCCAUACGCCACCCGUCCAAGCUCCAGCCCUUUUUGGCGCGAAGAAUUGGCGCCAAGCCGCCGCCACCUUCCCGCCAAUAACACCCCUGCACCGCUUCCCUUUCCCCCCCAACCCAAAACCCUUGCAUCUCACCUUGCGACCACACGCAGUCAGACGCUGUGAGCCACCCCAAAUCUACACCCUCGUCGGAGAUCCAGGAGAGGUUCGUCGGUCAUGGAGGCGUUCGGUGGAUUCUUCGUGGACGAGAAGGCGGCGAGGGUGGAGAACAUCUUCCUCGAGUUCCUCAAGCGGUUCAAGGAGCCGGAUGCGGCCGAGCCGUUCUACGAUAUGGAGAUGGAGCAGAUGCGGUCGCGGGAGUCCACCACCAUGUACGUUGACUUCGCGCACGUCAUGCGCUUCAAUGAUGUUCUCCAGAAGGCCAUCUCCGAGGAGUACCUCAGGUUUGAGCCCUACCUUCGGAAUGCGUGCAAAAGGUUUGUGAUGGAGCAAAGGGCUGGGGAGAACCGUGCGCCAAUAAUCUCGGAUGAUAGCCCCAACAAGGAUAUUAAUAUUUCUUUCUACAACAUCCCGAUGUUGAAAAGGUUGAGAGAGCUUGGGACAGCGGAGAUUGGUAAGCUCACAGCUGUAAUGGGGGUUGUGACAAGGACGAGUGAGGUCCGACCUGAGUUAUUGCAAGGCACCUUCAAGUGCCUUGAUUGCGGAAAUGUUGUAAAGAAUGUAGACCAGCAGUUCAAGUAUACUGAGCCAAUAAUAUGCGUUAAUGCAACAUGCCAAAACCGAACCAAAUGGGCCCUUCUCCGGCAAGAUAGUAAAUUUACAGAUUGGCAACGGGUCAGGAUGCAGGAGACAUCAAAAGAGAUACCUGCUGGGUCACUACCUCGUUCCUUGGAUGUCAUUCUGCGGCAUGAGAUUGUCGAGAAGGCUAGAGCUGGGGACACAGUCAUUUUUACUGGAACAGUUGUUGCUGUUCCAGAUGUUAUGGCAUUAACUUCACCUGGCGAGAGAGCAGAGUGUCGCCGAGAAGGUCCUCAGAGAAAGAAUGGGUCAGGUGUCCAAGAAGGUGUAAAGGGCUUGAAGUCUCUUGGAGUAAGAGAUCUCUCCUAUCGCCUUGCUUUUGUGGCAAACUCAGUGCAGGUGGCAGAUGGCAGGAGAGAAGUGGACAUCAGGGAUCGUGACAUAGAUGGUGAUGACAGUGAAAGACAGAAGUUCACUGAAGAGGAGGAGGAUGAGGUUGUUAGGAUGAGAAACACUCCUGAUUUUUUCAAUAAGAUAGUUGAUAGCAUAUGUCCUACAGUCUUUGGUCAUCAAGAAAUAAAGAGAGCACUCCUCCUUAUGCUUUUGGGUGGUGUUCACAAGAUAACACAUGAAGGCAUAAACCUUAGAGGCGACAUCAAUGUCUGUAUUGUUGGAGAUCCAAGUUGUGCAAAGUCACAGUUUUUAAAAUAUACUGCUGGUAUUGUUCCGCGAUCUGUCUACACAUCAGGAAAGUCCUCAUCUGCUGCUGGUUUGACAGCAACUGUUGCUAAAGAACCCGAGACUGGUGAAUUUUGUAUUGAGGCAGGUGCACUCAUGUUAGCUGAUAAUGGCAUCUGUUGCAUUGAUGAAUUUGAUAAGAUGGAUAUUAAGGAUCAGGUUGCUAUACAUGAAGCAAUGGAGCAGCAAACCAUUAGCAUAACAAAAGCAGGAAUACAAGCAACAUUGAAUGCACGAACUUCAAUAUUGGCAGCAGCAAAUCCCACAGGAGGGCGUUAUGACAAGUCAAAACCACUUAAAUACAAUGUGGCAUUGCCUCCAGCUAUCCUUUCAAGAUUUGAUCUGGUAUACAUCAUGAUCGAUGAACCUGAUGAAAACACUGACUACCACAUUGCCCAUCACAUUGUGAGGGUCCAUCAAAAACGUGAAGAAGCACUUUCCCCUGCAUUUAGCACUGCAGAAUUAAAGCGCUACUUUGCUUUUGCAAAGUCUUUAAAACCGCAGUUGAGUUCAGAAGCAAAGAAAGUUCUGGUGGAAUCAUAUGUUGUCCUCCGUAGAGGUGACAGUACUCCUGGUACUAGGGUCGCUUACAGGAUGACUGUUAGGCAACUAGAGGCAUUAAUUAGGCUGUCAGAAGCAAUUGCCAGAAGCCAUUUGGAAAGAAUUGUUCUUCCAGCUCAUGUCCGCAUGGCAGUUAAAUUGCUCAAGACAUCCAUAAUAAGUGUGGAAUCAAGUGAAGUUGAUCUCUCUGAUUUUCAAGAUGCGGAGGAUGGCACAAAUGUACCUGCUGAUAAUGAUCCUGAACAGCCAGAAGAACCUCAUCAACCAGAAGAACCUCAACAAAUGGAUGCAGCAGAUGCUGGUAAGAAGAAAUUGGUUAUAACCGAGGAACAUUUCCAGAGAGUUACACAAGCUUUGGUUAUGAGACUGCGGCAGCAUGAAGAAUCAAUCAUGAAAGACGGGGAUGGUCUGGCUGGCAUGAAGCAAGGGGAUCUAAUCAUUUGGUAUGUUGAGCAGCAGAAUGCCCAAGGCGCAUAUAGUUCUACAGAAGAGGUGAAGGAAGAAGUGAAGUGCAUCAAGGCCAUUAUAGAGAGGCUGAUACAGAGGGAAGGACAUCUUAUAGUCAUAGAUGAAGGAGCGGCAGGCGAUGGUGUGGCAGCCCAACGAAGACCAUCGGAGAACAGAAUAUUGGCAGUUAACCCAAAUUAUGUUAUUGACUAACCAUCCUUCGCAAGGAGGCACUGGAUCUCCAGAAUUGUAUUAUUGUUUCUUGCUCUCAAGGUAUAAGCAUGAUGAUUCUCACCUGUAGUCUGCCUAUGUAAUUUUUACGCUGUGAUAGGGUUAUGUAAACUGUCAUGGUAAGAGAAGAUCAUUUUAGUUUAAGAGCCUGUGAAUUCUCGGUUUCUAAUAUACUGUUGUGCCAGUUUCUAAAA